AUGCAAUUCCCCCUUUCGUUCCGGAUCAACAGAUGGUCGUUCUUUUUUCCCUACACUCUUGCUGAAAUUUCCUCCGGAUGCCGUAUGUGCGAAAGUGCGAUUGCCCCCGGAAAGGACUUAAAAAGCCAACAACAGGAAGGGACCGUGGACAGUUCGUGUCAGCCGUUUCUCGUUGUUCGUGUUCGAGAUCCUUUGUCUCCCUUGCAUCCGCCAAUUCUCAUGGCCGAUGGAUCAGGACGAUGGCAUGGCGGCGUAAGCGUGUGUUGCUGGCAGGAGGCGAAGAGGAGAGGACCAGAAGGAGUCGGAAUGGGAGGAGAAGGAGGAGGGAGGAGUAGAAGAAGAGAAGAGACAGACAGACAGACAGACACACAGGCGCCGCGGAUGGGGGGGAGGAGAGUGGAGUGA